GGCCUCCGUGUAAUUAGUUGAGACGCACCGGCUCCAUCCACACUACGGUGCUGUUAGGACUCACCCGACUCCCCCCCACAAAAAAAACAAAAAAGAAAUCCACGCCCGACAAAGACAGACUGAGGCACCGAAGGGAAACAAAGUUUAGGGAUCCGAUUAUCAAAUAUCUGAAGAUGAUUAAGCUCUUUUCCCUGAAGCAGCAGAAGAAAGACGAGGAAUCUGCUGGAGGAAACAGAACAGGAGCCGGGGGUAAAAAAGCCAGCGCGGCCCAGCUCCGAAUACAGAAAGACAUCAAUGAGUUGAACUUGCCAAAGACGUGUGAGAUCAACUUCCCUGAUGACGACGACCUGCUCAACUUCAGACUCAUCAUCUCACCAGACGAGGGUUUUUACAAAGGAGGAAAGUUUGUCUUCAGCUUUAAGGUAGGACAGGGUUACCCCCAUGACCCUCCCAAGGUAAAGUGUGAGACGAUGGUGUAUCACCCCAACAUUGACCUGGAGGGAAACGUCUGCCUAAAUAUCUUAAGAGAGGACUGGAAGCCUGUGUUGACAAUAAACUCCAUCAUCUACGGUCUACAGUAUCUAUUUCUAGAGCCUAACCCCGAGGAUCCGUUGAACAAGGAGGCAGCAGAGGUCCUCCAGACGAACCGGCGGCUCUUCGAGCAGAACGUCCAUCGCUCGCUGAGGGGCGGCUAUGUGGGCGCCACCUACUUCGAGAGAUGUCUUAAAUAACUCGGCGUCCCGUGAUCCUCCAAACUCCCCCCCCUACCCACCCUUCCACCUUCACUCCUCACCUCCUCAACCCCCCCCCCCUCCCCCUGCCUUACCCCUUUCCUCCUUCCCCCUUUCCUCCUCAGUCCUGCUCGUUGGCUGAAGCAGGAGCUGUGGCAACAGAAAGCAGCACGCCAGAAGACGCUUUUCUGAUUUAAAACAUAAGAAGAAAAAAAAAAACUCCACCCUCUCCUCCUCCCGCCCCUCACCCUUUUCUCUUCCCCCUUCUUCCCAUAUUUCUCUCUGUUUUACUUCCAAGACGCAGCAUUCAACCGUUUACACGCCACAGCAGGACGCCGACACACGCAACACGCACCUGACUGGACUCCAAAAGAUGGCCGACAGCAGCCAGCUGCCAAUGAUGGCGAAGGAGGAUGGACGGGGGAGGGAGGGAGGGAGGGAGGUGUGGGUGAUCAGUGAAUGUUGCUCGGGUCAGCUGAUGAUUCGGUGAACGCCAGAACGCUGAUGAUGAUGAUAAUGAUGAUACCCAUACGAUUUUUUUUUUUUUUGUGAUUUUUUUUUUUUUUUUUAAUUUUGCGUUUGGCGGAGACACCUGACGUCAGGCGAGUGGCCAAAAGGCCACGCCCCCUCCCUCUCGCCACUGUUCGUUCAUUUGUUACACAACCAGCAGCAAACUCCAAACUCCUCUCGACUCCCGCGCGGGUUGUCCCUGGCUUGGCUGGCGAGAUCCUGACAGUUUCUCUAGCGACGGAUGCUCUGCAACUGGAUGGAAGCGCUUGUGACGCUUUGUGGGAGGGGCUUACGAAUCAGUGACGGAACAGAACCGCCUUAAAUUGAGUUUUUAGCUGCACCUGUAGGUAUGACGACUUCAGACAAGGGGCGGGGACUUGUCUGGGUGGGAGGAGCUCUUAGUGACAGUGCGAAAUGGGAGAGAUUUGAUGAAGCGGGAGGGGCUGGUGAGUCAUAAAGGAGCAGACAUGCCUUAAAUUCUUUAAAGACCACGUCAGCGGAGAGAGUCCACAGGUCGUUGCGUAACAGCGUCCAAGUAGAGGGAGGAUCUCGGGGAAGCAAAUGGAAGCUGGAAUCCUGGUCACAUGACCCUGCUGAUUAGCUGUGGGUGUGCCGGGUGGUUUCUAUGGAAACGCGCUGGAAUAGAUCAGUUUGGAGUUUGCUGCUCAACACACACACACACACACACACACACAAACAAAAAUCAAACACACAACGUUGGCGGGCGGAGCGUUGUAUCAGGUGGGCGGGGCUGUCAUGGGGUGGGUGGGUGGAUUGGGGGGAGGGGGGGUUGUGUGUAUGUUUAAAGGAGUUUAGGAUGUGGGUGGGGUUACGGGGAGGUUGCAUUUGAUUUUCAUUUUGGGAGGGGUUGCUGCGGGUGGGGUCAAAGAGGGGAGGGGCUUAAAAUGUUAGGAUUCUAUUGUGUAUAUUGAAACCCCAGCUGUUCACAUUGACUGCAAUAUGAUUUAUGUUAAAUAAAAUAUGAACUUGAAUGAUUA